AUGGCAGAAGUAGUUAAAAAGUUCUUCAUUGCAUCGAUGUUCAUGUGGAAGCUCCUUCGCGAUCUUAUUUGGUUUUAUCAUAAUCUGCUUCCUGGUUCAGCUCAUUUGUCUCCUUACGGCCUGACGCUGUUGAGUGGAUUACUUGCUGUUAUAUCGGUCAAUAUAGUUAUUGCAUUCUAUAUUUAUUUGGCAAUUAAGGAGCCUUCAGACAAACACGAGCCAGAUCCUGCAUUUCUCGCCAAGGCCAAAGCUAGUGUAAGCCAGCCUACUGGUGAAGCUGAGGUGUCGUCUGAGGCCUCUAAGAAAGAAAAGUAGGACAGCCAAAGCCUUUCUCAUUUCACCUGUGGAAAGAGUGAACCUGAACUGUGCUGGCUGAGUCUCUAAUAGUAUAAUAGCUUAAAUCUACUUGGUUGUAUAUCUUUUUAUGUUGCCAAUUACUAUUAUUAAGUUCUAGAUAUGUGAUUAGUGUCCUUUGAUAUCCGUUUUUUAUUUAUUAGAUUUGCUUUUUUGUUAACCAAGAGUAAGGUUCUUGAUAUACAUAUUUAAUAGUGAGUUCUUGAAUUCAAAUAAAUUCUGUUGUUCAACAAUUGCUGGAUUUUUUUUUUUCAUUCAA